UGCACAGCCCAGGAUUAAAGAAACAGUAUGUGCACAAUGUGUUGGAUACUGUUGCACUUCUUAAAUGUCUCAAAUUCUGCAACAGAACCAGUGGGUUUGAGACUCCAUACUAUGGCAAAGCGCUGAACACAGCCUGAAGGAGUGUUUAUUCAUGUUUGGUGCAGACCAUGUUUUUUGUAACUAAUGGACCACCGGUUGCCAGGUUCAGCGGUAACGGGAACGCUCCCAUCACUUCCCAGAGCGGAAGCUCAGAAAACUUUUAGUUCUGUUAAGCACUUUAAUUCAAUUUUUCUUUUCACAGAUGAUGAAAUUUGCUUGGGAUAACUACAAACAGUACGCACUAGGAAAAAAUGAACUGCGACCGCUAACUAAGAAUGGCCACAUUGGUAACAUGUUUGGAGGCCUUCGAGGAGCUACGGUGGUGGAUGCCUUAGACACUCUGUACAUCAUGGAACUUGAGGAGGAAUUCCAAGAAGCAAAGAAGUGGGUGGAGAAGAGCUUUGACUUGAAUGUGAACGGAGAAGCAUCCUUGUUUGAGGUGAACAUCCGCUAUAUUGGAGGACUGUUGGCCGCAUACUACUUAACUGGAGAAGAGGUGUUCAAGAGUAAAGCUCUGGAACUUGGAGAGAAACUUUUGCCAGCUUUUAACACCCCCACUGGUAUCCCACGUGGCGUCAUAAAUCUGGGCAGUGGCAUGAGUUGGAGUUGGGGUUGGGCAUCUGCUGGAAGCAGCAUCUUAGCGGAGUUUGGUACCUUGCACUUAGAAUUCCUGCACCUUUCGGAGCUCUCUGGCAACCCAGUGUUUGCAGAAAAGGUGAUGAACAUCCGCAAAGUCCUGAACAGAGUUGAGAAGCCGCAGGGCCUGUAUCCCAACUUCCUCAGCCCGGUGACAGGCAACUGGGUGCAGCACCAUGUCUCCAUUGGGGGGCUCGGGGACAGCUUUUAUGAAUAUCUCAUCAAAUCUUGGCUGAUGUCAGACAAGAAAGACUCUGAAGCUAAAAAGAUGUAUGAUGAUGCACUAGAGGCAAUAGAAAAGCAUUUGGUCAAAAAGUCUGCUGGAGGAUUGACCUACAUUGCUGAAUGGAGGGGUGGCAGCUUGGAUCACAAAAUGGGCCACUUGGCUUGCUUCUCUGGGGGCAUGAUAGCACUUGGAGCCGAACACGCCGGAGAAGAAAGGAAGCAACAUUACGUGGAUCUAGCUGCAGAAAUAACAAACACAUGUCAUGAGUCUUAUGCACGCUCAGAUACCAAACUUGGCCCUGAAGCCUUUCGCUUUGAUAUGGGAACUGAAGCCAUGGCAACCAGACUCAGCGAGCGCUACUAUAUCCUACGCCCAGAAGUGGUAGAAAGCUACAUGUACAUGUGGCGACUGACACACGAUCCCAAGUACAGGCAGUGGGGCUGGGAGGUUGUGAAGGCCCUAGAAAAACAUUGCAGAGUAGAAGCUGGUUUUUCUGGCAUCCGAGAUGUUUACACCACAACCCCAACCCAUGACAACAUGCAACAGAGUUUUUUCCUCGCAGAGACUCUGAAGUACCUCUAUCUUCUGUUCUGUGAAGACGAUGUGCUGUCUCUGGACGACUGGGUGUUCAACACAGAGGCUCACCCCCUGCCAAUCAACCACACGAACUUUAAAACUAAAGCAAGUGUGCAGUAGUGAGGCCAUUGCCCAGCGCCCUGCUUCUGCAGCGUCGGCGGGUUACUGCAUUUCCUUUCCAUUAAAGGAAUUCGUGUUGUUCCUAAAAUGGUAUUUUGGGGCACUAGUCCAAUUCCGGACAGUAUUAUAUCGGGGAGAUGAAACCGUGACAUAAGCACCUUCUUUUCCUCUGUGAGGAGCUCUAUUAGCCUGAAAAUGAGAUGUUUAUUCUGGGCCAUAUUGUACACAAUUCAUAGACAUUCCUUUAUACAGAGAAUUUAUAUGAAAUCCACUGACUUUGCUCUAUAGCGGCCAAAGGAUUGGAAGUUUGCCAUAAAAAAGACUUCCCCCACACAUACCCAUCCCUCCUUUCAUAUUUUUGUUUUGUUUUUGCCUUUUAUAUACUGUUGGAUUUUAUCGCCUUUCUAAUUAACAGUUUUCAAUAUACUGUGCUUUCUAGGUGGUGUCAAAACUGUAACUAAAUCAAAACCUGUCUGCAAAAUUCUUGAUCCUAAAGUAUUUUUAUAUCGUUUUUCUGUGCUCUUAAAACACAUUUACCAUACAUCACAUCUCAUUUACCUUUCCUUUAUACUUUUUGUGUUUUUCUACUUUUAUUUGGAACUAAAUGUUAUGAGUCACUUGUAAUAAUUUCACUGCUGUAAUAGUCAAAUCUGUGAAACGGAAUAAAAGUCUUGUAAAAUAAAAA